AUGAGACUGGAUAAAUCGGGAAGUUAUCACACAGGUGUAUCGCAGCAUCUCAAAACUUCACUUGAAAUAGCUUUUAUGACAGCAAAGCAAAAGAAACCUCAUACUAUCGGUGAAGAAUUAAUAAGACCAUGUGUCCUGAAAGCAACGCAGAUAAUUUCAGGAGAAGAUGCAGAGCAAAAAAUGAAGUCUAUUUCUCUAUCGAAUAAUACAGUCAAGCGUAGAAUCGAUGAGAUUUCAGCAGACAUAAAAUGCGAUAAAUCCACCGACAUCGUUCAUUGUGCACAGUUAAUAGUUUAUGUUCGCUACAUCGGCGGAGAUAUCAUUCAAGAAGAGAUUUUGUACUCCCAAUCUUUGACAGCAGGUACUACAUCUGAAUAUAUAUUUAAUUCAAUAUCAAAUUUAGUUGAAAAAAAAAUGAUUUGA